AUGUCGCCACCACAGCGCGACGGACAAGAUGGAGAGGCUCACGGGAACACCGACCCAGAGUCUCAACUCGACGAGAACUACGUUCACAGCAAGCCGAAGAUAGACAACGACAAGGCUCAUCUACAGCCUACACGAUGGUGGUUCCUCUCUUCUGUCUUCCCCAUGGUUGCUGGUACGGUCGGCCCUGUAGCCUCGGCGUUCAGUAUCUGUGCUUUGGUUUCGCCAUGGCGGCAGAGGCUUGUUAACGCAGAUCCCGACUCGGCCGUUUAUGUCGGUGAUCCAGUAUGGCUUACGGCAAUCAACGCUGUGCAGCUGGCGAUUGCCCUUAUAUCCAACUUGUUCCUACUCUUUAACAUGGCAAGACGAAUUCGUUUCGGCAUAGCACAGCCUGUGACCAUAGCCGGAUGGUAUUUCUCAGCCAUUGUCUUGAUUUGCCUGCUAUGUACUGGUGCUGGACCUCUCCCUGAAGACAUCGAUUUCCCGGAGGACGAUCUUAUAUGGUCCCAAUCCUUCUAUUACGGCAUAUGGGCAGCCAUUCUCUACUUCAUCAUCGCAACCAUCAUGAGUAUCACGUUUUGGGGAGCCUGUAAGGGCCAUUACCCCAAGGACUUUAUCCUCACUAUGAGUCAACGCAGUCUCAUGCUGCAGACCAUCUCGCUUCUUCUAUAUCUUCACGUCGGGGCCCUCGUCUUCAGCAAGAUCGAAGGAUGGGGAUACCUGGACGCUGUAUACUGGGCAGACGUCACCCUCUUCACCGUUGGUUUCGGCGACUUCACUCCGACAACAAAUCUCGGAAGGGCGCUGAUGAUUCCAUAUGCCAUUGUCGGAGUCAUAAGCCUAGGUUUGGUCAUUGGGUCCGUUAGAAACUUGACAAUGGAUGGUGGCAAGCGCAGGGUUCUGGCACGUAUGGAGGAAAAGAGGAGGAGGAGAACCCUUCGUACCAUCGCACGAAGAGGGAACGACGACAUUCUCAACCCCAUCGAUGAUGAAACAGAUUUGCCGCGCGAGCCAACGGACAAAAGCCUUACCAAUGAAUACGAGCGGCGCAAGGCAGAAUUUGCUCUGAUGCGGAAGAUACAAGCCAUGACGACCACACGAAGAAAAUGGGCGGCUCUGGGCAUAUCUGUCGUGGUAUGGGUGGUGUUUUGGAUGGUGGGCGCUGUGGUCUUCAUGCAAGCAGAAAAACGCUACCAAGACUGGUCGUACUUUGACGCCUUUUACUUCUGCUUCAUCGCAUGGACGACCAUUGGCUAUGGAGACUUUACCCCCGUAUCCAAUGCCGGAAAGUCUUUCUUUGUCUUCUGGUCUCUCAUGGCGCUACCCACCAUCACUGUGCUCAUCUCUCAUGCGGGUGACACAGUGGUGAAGAUCAUUCGAGACAGUACCAUCCGAUUGGGCAACGUCACCAUUCUUCCCGGCGAAGAGGACUACAUGGCGAGCUUUAAGCAUCUCAUCAGCAGAAUGACGCUCGGCAAGUUUUUCCACGCCCAUUAUGAGACUGAAACCCCCUUAGUCAUGGAUUCGAAGAGACACCAUCUUCAAAGGUUGGCUAGUGUGAUGGAAGAGCUUAGUCAAGAUAACCUCUCCGAAGAGGAGAGAGAAGAGAUGGAAGAGUCUGAGAGAGAGGAGGAGGAAGAGCUGAGAGGCCGUCCAAAGCACCCGCGCCGUGCUUCGCAAGCAUCAACCUUCACUGCCAAAGUUCGACGUUCGCUCUCUAAGCUUCGGAAUGCAGAGCACAAGCUUCCCACCGGGGCCGACUUUCAUUUCCUUCUCAUCUCCGAGAUUCGAGCUGUUGCUAAGAAGUUGAAGGAGUCCAAAACACAUAGUUACAGCUUUGACGAAUGGGCGUGGUACCUGAAGCUAAUCGGCGAGGACGAGCACAACCCGCAAACGCAUACCAAGCCCAAGGUGCUGGGGCACAACCCGGGCAGCGCAGAGGCCAGAGAAUCGGCAGAGGCAGAGGCUGAGAAAUGGUCGUGGGUUGGCCAUAAGAAUCCUUUGAUGGGCAGUCAAGGGGAGAGCGAAUGGAUACUGGAGAAGCUUGUGGAUAGGCUGCAGGAGUGUUUGGCGGCGGAGAGUCGACGGCAGAGGAAGAAGCAUAAGGAACAUUGA